UACGAGAUGCAUUGGCAGCAUUGCUUUCUACUGUUUUAUUUUCCCAUCGAUUUGUCAAAAGUAGUUCAGCCCUCAGAGCUCGUGUCACUCAGUGUCAACAAAAAAUAUCUAUUGUUGACGAUAAUUUUAAAAUUAUUCACUUCAUCAAAUUCAUUUCCUCUUUGCCUUGACCUGUACAUGAUGUCACUCAUCUUCCAGUAUUUAAUUCGUUGUAUUUGUUAAUAUUUAAUUCUGAAUGAGAAGUGAGAAUUCUUUAAAUAUGUUGAAAAAGUUAGUGUAAAGUUAGUGUUAUUUUAUAGGUAGUAAGGCGUUAAAUUAUUGUUUUUCGGGAUGACUGUGAAUGUUCCCAGUAUGCCUGCUGUAAGAAAAUACCGAAGGGACACUACAGAAGUCAGCAGUUGUCUGAAAUAUAUGAUAUUUGGAUUCAAUGUGCUGUUUUGGCUACUUGGUCUUGGAAUCCUAACCAUUGGAGUAUGGGCCUGGAGUGAAAAAGAUAUAUUCAAUAAUUUAGGAAAAGUUGCCAAUGUUGCUCUAGAUCCGGCUUUUGUAUUAAUAUGUAUAGGAACAGUAACUUUUGUGAUAGGCUUUACUGGCUGUGUAGGGGCACUAAGAGAGAACACUUGCUUGCUAGCCACAUAUGCAAUAUUCCUGUCAGUUCUACUUUUAUUCGAAAUGACUGCUGGAAUUCUUGGAUUCAUUUUUAAGGAUUGGAUCAAGUCUCAAGCAACAAUUGGAUUUCAAACGUUUAUAAUCCACUAUAGAGAAGAUCCUGAUCAACAGAACCUUAUUGACUGGAUUCAAGAAGACUGGCUUCAGUGUUGUGGAAUUGAGGGACCCAAAGACUGGGAUCGUAACAAUUACUUCAAUUGUUCAUCAAAAGAUGUUGGUAGCAGGGAAGCCUGUGGAGUGCCAUUUUCAUGUUGCAAAAGGAAACCAAAUGAGAUUAUUAAAAAUAAACAGUGCGGAUAUGAUGUUAGAAAACCUGGAUUUCCAGGAGAAAGACAUAUAUUCGAGAGGGGAUGCCUCAGGGCGGGAGAGGAGUGGAUUGAGAGUAAUUUAGUUCCUGUAGCUGCUGUUAAAGUCGGAACGAUGGUGCUACAGAGUUUUGAUGUAUCCAAAAUAAUAAACGAACAGGGCUGUCUUGAGGCAAUAGAGGAUUGGACAGAAAAAAAUAUGAUUUCUAUAGCUUCUUGCAUUUUUGUUGUGUUGUUUUGCCACAUUUUAGGCAUCUGCUUCGCUCAGAACUUGCGCGCCGACAUCUUUGCUCAGAAAGCCAAGUGGCAUUGACAAUCAAGAACUCCCACUGCCGUCUAGUACAGAAUGAUGUACCGGAUCGCGUGGGAGCCCUCAGCAGCUCAGAUAGAAUUCGUUUGAAACUGUCAUAACUAAGGAGGAAUCAACCCGGGAGGACGGUAUCAGCUAGUAUUGUUGUAUUUCUUCGACAUAGAUAUAGAGUGGUACAGAGAGUAUUUGUCAAGUAAUGUUAUUAGUUAUUGCACUAUUUAUUUAUUUAGCAUAUGGCAUUUUGAUUCGUUUAAAACCAAAAAUAAUAUUUACUCUUUUGAGUUUUAUACAGAAGAAGCUUUGAGUUUUAUAUGUCCUGAAGAAGCUAAAGGGGUGGUACUUAAACUGCUUCUUUGGUCCUUAAUUGAUUAAAACUCUAUUUCUGUUCAAAUACAUUAUAUUUUCAAUUCACAAUAUCGAUGACUAAACCAUAGCAAUUUGUUUACAAUAAUAAUAUCGCGACCUAUCCUAACAUCGUGUUGGCAUCGCCUUUACGUUAAUACUUACUAACUUACAACCCUAUAUCGCCAGGGUAAUGUUUAUAUUAUACAGGGUGUAACAAAAAUACAGGUCAUAAAUUUAAUCGCGUAUUCUGGGACCAAAAAUAGUUCGAUUGAACCUAACUUACCUUAGUACAAAUGUGCACGGAAAAAAAGUUGCAGCCCUUUGAAGUUACAAAAUGAAAAUCGAUUUUUUCCAAUAUAUCGAAAUCUAUUAGAGAUUUUUUAUUAAAAAUGGACAUGUGGUAUUGUUAUGACAGUAUUAUUUAAAAAAAAAUUAUAAUGAAAUUUGAACACCCCAUAAAAGUUUUAUGGGGGUUUGUUUCCUUUAAACCCCCCAAACUUUUGUGUACGUUUCAAUUUAAUUAUUAUUGUAGCGCCAUUAGUUAAACACAAGUUUUUAAAAACUUUUUUGUCUCUUAGUACUUUUUACAGAAGUCAGUUUUUAUCGAGAUAUUUGAAUAUUUGUCAAAUCCACCACAUAUUUGUAUAUGGUAAAGUACGAUUAUGGAGACUUGGUAAUAAUAUGAAAAUUUAUUUAUGAUUUACAUUUUUAGGUAUAUUUUGAACCAUAUUAAAAAAGAAGCCACAUCUCGAUAAAAGAUGCUUUAUCAAAAAAAUACAAAGAGGCAAAAAAGUUUUAAAAACACUGUGUUUAACUAAUGGUACCGCAGUAAUAGUUUAAUUGGAACGUAUACAAACAUUUGGGGGGUUUAAAGGAACAAAACCCUCAUAAAAUUUUUAUGUAAACAUAUUAAAAAAGAAGCCGCAACUCGAUAAAAACGGCCUCAUCGAAAAAAUACUAAGAGGCAAAAAAGUUUUAAAAAUAUUUAGUUUAACUAAUGGCACCAGAAUAAUAAUUUAUUUGAAACGGACACAAAAGUUUGGGGGGGUUUAAGGGAACAAAACCCCCAUAAAAUUUUUAUGGGAUGCACAAAUUUCACUAUCAUUUUUCUUUAAGAUGUUCUUGCCAUAAGAAUGCCACAUGUCCAUUUUCAACAAAAAAUCUUUAAUAGUUUUCGACAUAUUCGAAAAAAUCGAUUUUCAUUUUGUAACUUCAAAGGGCUGUAACUUUUUUUGUGUGCAUAUUUGUACUAAGGUAAGUUAGGUUCAUUCGAACUAUUUUUGGUCCCAGAAUAUGUGGUUUAAUUUAUGACCUGUAUUUUUGUUACACCCUGUAUACGUUGGUCGAAAUACGUUCUCGUAUAGAAUCUGCUUUUCAAAGAAUGAAAAAAUUCCUAAUAAACUCUACCGUAUCAUUGGAUAUCCGAUACCAUUUUUUAAAAAUUUUCAUUUAUUCCAUAUUGCUAUACGGAGUGGAAACAUGGACUCUAUGAACUACAAGUAUGAGGCGUAUAGAAGCCUUUGAGAUGUGGGUUUUACGAAGGAUGCUGAAGAUCCGUUGGGCAGAGCACGUGACCAACAACGAGAUGCUGAGAAGAAUGGGAACUGAGAGAGCAGAACAGAAAAACGAGUUAUCUAGGACAUAUUUAUAGAUAAGAAAGAUACAAUUUUUUACCACUCAUAAUGAAAGGGAAAGUGGAAGGAAGAAGAGGUCUAGGAAGAAGAAAAUGCUCCUGCCUGAAGAACGUAAGAGACUGGACAAGCAUGGACACACAUUUGAUACUAAGAACCGCUCAAGAUAGAGAGCAAUUUGCUGUAGUUAUAGCCAACCUUCAGUAAUGAAGAAGGCACCUUAAGAAAUAGGAGAAGAAUGUUGAUAUACACCUUUAAAUAAUAAGAAGUCAUUUCAAUGUUAUUCGAGGUUACUGAAUACGUUGAGUACUGAAUGAGUUAGCUUGAGUAUUGACUGAGGUUUAAACAGAUUUAUUACAGAGUGUCCUAAUAUUACUACACUUAGUCCAACGUUGCUCUAUUUUUUAUCCCUUGCGAAAAAAUAUGAUUUAUCGGCAAUAUUAUCAAAAUAGGCAUUUGUUUGUGAGAAGAUUUCGUCGUUGGAACUAAAUCUCUUUCCGGCGAGCCAUUUAUUGAAGUUUUGGAACAAGAAAUAGUCACUCGGGGCUAAAUUUGCAGAAUGGGUCGGAUGUGGGAGCAAUUCCUAGCCUAAUUUAUAGAUUUUUGUCAUGAAAACUGCACAUGUGUGCACCCUUGCAUUGUCCUGGUUUUAAAAGAACAUUUUUCUUGGCCAAAUGCGGUCGUUUCUUUUUCAAUUUCUCAUUGAGUCGACCCAGUAAGCUAUAAUAUUCGCCAUUGACUGUUUUCCCCUUUUGAAGGUAGUCAAUGUGGAUGUCAAGAGGCGGGAAAUUCAAAAGGACACGGAGAUUCUUGUAUUACAUCUUUAAUGGUUUGGUUAACUAUGUUGCCACAUGAGGAAGAUGCUAAUUUGACUUAGUUGUAGAUGUGCAUAUCCAUUAAGGUGUUCUUUAUGGCCGAUGCCUUCUUGAGAAAAGCAUGUGCCAUAUCAGAAUUAUCCGACGUUGGCGAUCACCAAUGCGAAGUCUUCUCGAUCUUCUGCAAUAUGAAAUAAUUGUUCUGCAUUUGAUAUCUGAGUCCAUUCAAGAAUGUUUUUUAACCAAGAAACUUGUUUUCUUCCUACACCUCUGCAGCCCUCUAUUUUGCCUUUAAGGAUCAGUUGUAAUAUUUUAUAUCGAUUUUUCUUCACUCAUUCACGCCUAUUCUGUAACUCAUUUCGAUGAUAGAAGUCAGUAAAAUCGAAUAGAAGUGGCCAAGUCGAAUAGAAAUAGUCCAAAUCCGUAUUCCAUAACUACUUCGGAAUCUCUACAAUCGUAAUAGUGAAUAGAAAUCACUUCGACAGCAUUUACCCUGUCGAAAGGAGAUUUCGAUUAUCGGAAUUGUGGUUGACGCAAGCGCAUUUUGUUUUGUUUUGACGUUUAUAUUUUAUAUAUAAAAAUAAUUGAUUACUACUUAUUUUAUAAUUAUUUAUAGUGUUUGUACCUUUUUUAGCUGCGUAAUUUUUAGUCUGUGGUGUUAUUUGUAAUUAUAUAUUUAAUUUAGACAUGUUGUACGAGUAUGAAUUGGACCUUGUACCUAACCUUAUUUAUUUAAUAUUUGGCUUGGCACAUGAAUGAACGUUUGCCCCUCGCAGUGUUGCCAUAAUUUUGUUAGUUAUUUCUUGUACAAUUUCAAUCAACGGUAUAAUGUACAAGAAUAGCAUACGAUAAACUUCUGAUGCGUUGAUGGAUAAAUAUAUUAUACCAGUAUCAUUGUAUAACUAGACUCCUUUCUUAAACAAUGCCAGUAUAGGCCAGGGUAGUAAGACAAAAAUAUACCCUGUUCGUGACACUUCAGCAGCCAGGGUACUGAAGCGUUUUUUCGACAAGUAGUACCUAUAGGAACAAAUUGUAACUAUUUCCUGCGUAGGAUCUGGCGGCCAUUUUUAUUUAUAAACAAUUAACUGUCAAAAAAUGGCAUUUUUCCCUUUUUUUUUUCAAAUCAAUGGAAAACAGUGAAACUUGUGAUUUUUUUAGUACAAAUGUCUUUGAGAUUAUGGAAAAAGCUUUAAAAUGACAUAUUACAAAGUUUGAUAUACUCAUUUAUUGUUAAUAUAAUUGCGAAAAAAGUCGAAAUUGCAAAAAAAAUAUUUUCGCAUUAACUGUUGUAAGAAUUAGUGUACAGGUUUGAAAUUUUUGUCAAAUAAGGGUUCUUUGGUGCUUAAUAUGUGAUAAAAAUUUCAAAGCGAUUCAUUUAAUUGUUUAAAUUUUAUUCGAAUUGUUUAUCUCAGAGAGCAUUUUUUUGCAAUAACAUAAGUCAGAAAAAAAUGACGUUAGAACCAUUCCACAGGUGUCAAAUGGAAGAGAAUGAGCUAUAUUUUCAACUUGGUUUAAAAAAAGCGAAUAAAAAUGCAUUUAUUAGUAAUAAAUAAUUAUGUAAAAGUAUCGUAAAUCUUUCCUUAUAAACUUUUUGGAUAACUUUUUCCAAAAAAAAUUAACUUUUUUACCCUGUUUUAAGUGCACAACUACCAAGUAAUAUUAUUUAUAUCAUAAUUUAUAAAAAAUUGUAAUAAAUAUAUAUAAUUUCUUGUAUAACAAAAUAAAAAGUUUAUAAGGAAAGAUUUACGAUACUUUUGCAUAAUUAUUUAUUACUAAUAAAUGCAUUUUUUAUUCGCUUUUUUUAAAUCAAGUUGAAAAUAUAGCUCAUGCUCUUUCAUUUGACACAUGUGGAAUGGUUCUAACGUCAUGUUUUUCUGACUUAUUUUAUUGCAAAAGAAAUGCUCUCUAGGAUAAACAAAUUGAAUAAAAUUUAAACAAUGGAAUGAAUCGCUUUGAAAUUUUUAUCACAUAUUAAGCACCAAAGAACCCUUAUAUGACAAAAAUUUCAAAGCUGUACACUAAUUUUUACAAUAGAUAUUGUGAAAUUAAUUUUUUUUGCAAUUCCGACCGUUUUUCGCAAUUAUAUUAACAACAAAUGAGUAUAUCAAACUUUGUAACACGUCAUUUUAAAGCUUUUUUCAUAAUCUCAAAGAUAUUUGUGCUAUAAAAACCAUACGUUUCACUGUUUUCCAUUGAUUUGAAAAAAAAGGGAAAAUGCCAUUUUUUGACACUUAAUUGUUUAUAAAGAAAAAUGGCCGCCAGAUCCUACGCAGGAAAUAGUUACAAUUUGCUCUUAUAGGUAUUACCUGUCGAAAAAACGCUUCAGUCAGUACCCUGGCUGCUCGAGUGUCAUGGGAAAAACCUUAUUAUCCUGGACUAGUAUACUUGUAUAUUUAUCAGUCAACGCUCAUAGUCUGAACAAAUUAUAGAAAAGAUGCCAUUUUUGGGAAAAGUUGUUUAGCAGUUAUUUCAGCUCUAAUCGAAUCUUAAAGAUUGCAUAUUAUUAGUAAUAUCGAUUUUAAAUUAUAGAUUAAUAAUAAUGAAUUAAUAACAUCAAUUUAAAUAUCUUUGAUUUAAAACCAUUUAUACUUCUUAUCUUCACUUAUCUUUUUUAUUUAUCAGUUUAUCUUUUUUUAUAUCAAUUUUAAUUAACUUUAAUUUAAAACCAUUUAUCCUCUUUUGAGCUUUUUGCAUCCAGUAUUUACACUAAUACUUUCUUUACUUUUCAAAACUUGAGGAUAGUAUGAAGAAAGUAUGAAAACAUUGAGGAUAUGGCAACGGUGUCAAAUUUUAAAUUUAGAUCCAGUCACCGAACAAUAAUUUCUCUGGUUAAUGCGGGGUUGCCACCACCUCAGAACCGCGUGAAAUAGAAGUCAGAGGUUUCGAUUACGAUAUGAGUUACAGAAUACCAAUCCAAACACAAAAAUGACGCGAUAGAUAUCAAACAUUCCGAUUUCGGGUAAUUACGAUUCGACUUGGUCAUUUCUAUUCGAUUUGUUAAAAGUUACAGAAUAGGGCUGUAUGUCCCAGCUAAGACAUUUUCCGGUAUUUACCAGUCUUUAGCAGUUCUCUAUCUUUGUUUACCCUCCUUGGUACUUCUUCGUUAGUUUUUCUUCCUGUCCAAGGUAUCUUCAGCAUCCGCCUAUGAAUCCAAGAAAUGGAGUUAUUUAUUUUAAGUGUAAUGAUUUUGUUAUAUUUUUUAAAAUAGUGUUAACAAAUGCUGCCAAAUACUAAUAAUUAUUUAAUAGAGACUUGAUAAAUACACUCUGUAUUGAAUAUUUUUGUAUAAAUAUCAUUGAAUUUAGCAUUUUUGAAUUUUCUUACGUUUGUUCAAAAAAUAAGAUUUUUUUUGAUAUAUGAAUUUGAUUCUGAGAUUACGGAAAAGUUUUUGGAAUUAUUGGAAUGAAUCAUCUUGUGAAUUUAAAGAUGUUUCUUUAGGCUUGAGGACGAAUUAAGCUCACAAAAUCAAAUUUAUGUCACUCACUUGGCAGGUUGUAGUUUUUAAGAAGUUUUUAUCAAUUUGUCUAUUCGAAUUUGUAUGUUGAAAUAUUCCAGUAUUGUAAAAUAAUUGAAAGACAUAUUUUUCAUAAAUUGUUAACUUGUACUGUGCCUAUGACAGCAUUUAUCGUAUAUUAAAAAAAAUGCGGCAUUGAACAGAGUAUUGAGCUUGAGAUUCGAAUCUGUGGUUAUAAAAACCAAUAUUUUAAUUUUAGAGCCAUCAGGUAUAGCACUUUUUAAGAAAACACUGUUAUAUACAGUCAAUUCAAAUUAAGUCAUAGAACAUUUCUGUUUGCCCAGAAGAUAGACCAAAAUGAAGAUAGUCUGCUAAGAUUAGUCCACAUAUCCAACCAAUGUGAUGUAAAAUAGAAAUUGAUGGCAUCAGUAUUGAACCAGUAAUAAUAAUAAUAAUAAUAAACUCUUUAUUACAGAGACAAAAUAAAGAAGUACAAGUACCAAAUAUAACAAUAUAGGAAAAAAAUCUCUGUAAAAGGGACAAGAGAACAACAUAGCACAACACGAAUGCUGUGCCUGCUGAUCAAAGCUCUGGCCCUUUUUUAACAAUUAAAGAACAUUUUCUGCUGGCAUAUAUAAAUCAAAUAUAUAACAGUUAUAUUACAGUUAAUUAAAUUUAAAUAAUAGAAAUAAAAUAAAAAAGAAACAAUACAGGUGAUAGGGCACGAAAAGUAAUGUUUAUAGGGUACUAUGUGUUGACUCAAGAAGAUGUAAUUUCAUUUUUCUUUUGAAUGAGUUAAUAGGUAGUUUUUUCAUUGAUUCAGGGAUACUAUUAUAUAAGUUGUAAAUAUUAUAAGAGUGACUUACGGAAUGUUGUUGUUUUGUACGUGGGUGGAGAUAUCAAACCUUUGGAUCUGACAUUAAUAUUGUGAACAUCUGUCCUGAACUUAAUUCUGUCAUAUAGAUAUGGCGGACAUUUUGUUACUAUCAUACGAUGAUAGAGACAAAGAGCAUGGAGCUUUCGUCGGUUCUACAUAUCAAGCCAUUUAGCAUCCUUAAGCUUAUAGGAGACACUCUUAUACUUCCUAAUACCGUAAAUAAAUCUAAGGCAUGACUUCUGCACUUUUUGUAUUCUAUUUAUAUCAAACUGGUCAAGACAAGGACCAUACACGACAUCUCCAUAAUUAAAAUGCGAUAAGACUAAAGACUCCGUUAGUAAUAUUUUAUGCCUAGAGCUUAAAAUAUGUCGAUGCUGAAAUAAUAUUUUUAAUGAACUGUAUGCUUUUUGAAUACAAGCCGACACAUGUUUUUUAAAUUUAAGAUCAGAAUCUAGGAAUAAACUCAAGCUUUUGGACACAUCAGUGCAAUUAAUUUUAUUAUUUUGCAACAAAAUUUGAAUAUUUCUCCUAAUACUGUCUUUGUUUUUACCGAAAACCAUAGCGGAUGAUUUAAUAGGAUUUAAUUUUAGUUGAUGUUUUUCAGAUUCAAUUACGAGUUUAGAUAAAUCACUAUUAAGCUUUUCUGAAGCACUUGUAAAGUCUGUAGGAGAGAAUGUAUAAUACACUUGAGUAUCAUCAGCAUAACAAUGAACACUAACAUUAUCUAAAUUGGAUGUUAAAUUAGAAAUAUAAAUACUAAAAAGAAGUGGCCCAAGGAUAGAUCCUUGCGGAACACCUUUAGAUAUAUUGAAUAAAUCAGAAGCUCCACCGUUAGUUUCGACAUAUUGCUGCCGAUUACUAAAAUAACUUUUCAAUAAUUUAAUCGCAUCUAACGAAAAUCCGACAUAGUGUAAAAUACCAAACAGUAAUUCAUGAGAAAUAGUAUCAAAUGCCUUAGAUAAAUCAAGAAGAAUCAAUACAGUACAUUUAUUUAGGUCUGGCCCUUUUAGAAUAUCAUCCACAAUAUUUAGCAAAGCAGUACUACAGCUAUAGCCACUGCGAAAGCCAGACUGGAAGGAAGGAAGUAUUUUAUAUUUAUCUAAGUGACUUUUGAUUUGGAUACAUAAUUUUUUCUAAAACUUUUAAUAGUACAGGCAACAGACUAAUAGGUCUUAAUUCACCAAGCUCUUUUACUUCCUUUAUUUUAGGAAUUGGUAGAACUCUUGCAAUUUUCCAAGCAUCGGGAAAAACAUUAUUUGCCAAACAAGUAUUAAUUAUGUCAGUUACAUAACGAACAAUGAAUGGGCAACACAUAAGUAUCAUAUCAAUAGUGAGUAAGUCAGAACCUGUAGAUUUGGAUUUUAUUUCUAAUAGUAAUUGAUAGACGAAUAUUUCCCCAACAGUCUCAAACUUAAACAAAUGUGAAGAAUUUUUUCUAACAUUAAUAUUAUAAAAGUAUAAAAGAUUCAGAUCAAGUGGCAUAUUUGUUAGAGCAGUACUGGAAUUACUCUGUCCAGCUAUGGAGACUUGGACAAAGAAAGAAGAGAUUAAGUACAAAAAGCAAAUAGAUUGGCAGGAUGCCUUCAUAACACUAUAUGGCGAAACCGACAUCACCGGCGCUAGGGUAUAAGUCGCCCGCCUGCGAAACUAGCAUGGGCGCCCUUCGGUUUCUUUUAAUUUAGUAUUUUGUAUAGUAUGUACCAGCAGAAAAAAACUCAUUUUGGCGCCCCCUAAACAGGGGCGCCCGCCUGCAGUGCAUCCCUUGCAGGCCCGUUAUCGCCGGCCCUUUUAACACUGAGAUGAAGUCAAUAAUUUAUAGUCACUGUAGGACCAGUAAUGACAUGCAUCAGAAAUAAAAUAGCCUUAAGGUCUGGCGCAUAUUGAACCUAAGCGAGUCACAACCUGCGCUGGUGGAACCGGUGACCUGUGCAGUUAUUUUUCUAGCGUGGCGCAUAUUGAUCACAAGCUAACCCGACCGUCGGCUGUCGCUGUAACGAAUAGAGAUGGGCAAAAUAAGUGCAAACGUGUAACGGUUACUAUUGAUACCGGUUCUCAGUGGUACUGAGUACAAAUACUGAUUACAAAAUACUGAUGUAUCUGAUCCUUGUACUGGAUUGAGUAGGCAACUAAAAAACGGUAGUUCCGUACAUGUAACUAGUAACGUUUUAAAAAUAUCUUACACGUCCCUAGUAGUCGUAGCGGUAUGACUUUCGAAAACAUCGAAUUUGAUCAUAAGCGGCUGCAUAAAAAGAUAUCUUACACUGAGUAUUCUAUUUCUACAUAGGUACCUUUAUAAUAACAAGCAUAAGUUAAACACUGCAUUGAUUGCGAUUACAAAAACGGUUCGCAUGUUUUAAAUAAGAUUUUUGCUGAUUAUGUUUUUGCUAAAAUAUUAAAUAGCACAAAAAAUACAAUUCACAACCAUCAUUUAAUUUUUAACGAUAAACAAAAGUCUAAUAAAUAUAUGAUGCCAAGUUUAAAAUUGAUCGACUUUGUCGAUAACUGUGUCAUUAAUAGAUAUUUUUUACCAUGAAUCAUUUUCCAAUGAUUGUGUGGAUUUAGAAAUACAUACUAAACAAUUUUUUGAUCUGUAUAAAGGAGAUUAUAAUUAUGACACAUUAUGGUACUCCUUAUUUUUCAAAUAAUAUGCUCUUGUAAACGCAUAACUUUGAUUUAUUGGCUAAAGCCACACUAACUACAGAGCCGUGCGGUACAUCUUUUUAAUAUGAUGCAAGUCUUCGAAAUGCCGCCUCUUGAUUAUUACAGAAACUUAACUUUUAUUUUUAUUAAAUGAACCUACACAAAUUGAAGGACAUCUUUUAUUUUAAAAGCAAAACAUACUUUAUAGACCUGAAUCCGGCAAACUGAAAAUUUGUUAGUAGCUUAACGGUGUCUAUUCGGACAAACUUUGAUGUACAGGAACACUGGAACAGGAGAAGGUUUAAUAGUGGAACAGGAACGUUACAUUACGAAAACGUCCCAUGUAUUUUGUCGGACAGAACAAAAAAUCGAUUUGUUACCCUUUCAUUAAACUCUCAUGCAAAAAUCAGACUGCUAUUACUAACAAACAUGAUUCCUGUUAUUUGACAUGUUCUUCCUGUUUCACUCAUUAAAAUGCCCAGUAAGUGAUAAACACCAGUCUAAUUUUUCCAUGAGAGUUUAAUGAAAUGGUAACAAAUCAAUUGGAAGUUCUGUCCGACAAAAUAUAUGGAACGUUUUUGUAAUCUGACAUUCCAAAUUUUUAACCUGUUCCACAAUUAAAACUUCCCCUGUUUCAGUGUUCCCGUACAUAAAAGUUUGUCUGACGAGACACCGUUAAGCUAUUAACAAAUUUUCAGCUUGCUAUUAAUCAACUUUUUGUUGGUACGCGGGAUCCAGGCCUAGAAAUACUAUGUCACAAAUGAUGGCGUAAUCCCUUUUCUAUAGGUAUAAAAAUUUUGUAAAUAUCAUUCAUUUCUUAAAUCUACACAACAUUAUCAUUAAAAAUGAUCCAUUACUAAAAACCGUUAAGCAUAUCUGUGAAUAUCGCAUAACCCUCGAAUAAAAUGUGUCAUCAUACCGGGCUUGUUCAUGCUUAAAAAUAAAAUAUGUAGACAAGAUAUAAAUAUAUGUAAUAGGUAAGCAGUUUUUGCAACGACAAUCCAAUUACAAUCAGUGUUGUUUAUAAUAAUAGGAAUUCCGAACGAGUUCUAUUAGCUUUUCUACGUCCAUCUCGAAAACAAAACCGCAACUGAGUCACGCGCCCCACGACACCAGAAAACUGUACGCCGAUGACAAACGUUCGCAUGGCUAGACCUGGCACCGUAUUGACUGAUAUUAGGAUGCGCAGAACUCUCUACGCAACUCGCAGGUGCCAGGUUGUGUUCGCUUAGGAUCAAUUUGCGCCGGGACUAACACAAAGACUACUGGAAACGUCAGAAAUGAGAGUACUGAGAACAAUAAUUACAGAAAAUACGCUGAGAGAUCGAAAGAGGAGUGAAGAUAUCAGAAGACAAUGUAACGUACAGUGUAUAAACGAAUGGACACUAGAUAGAAAAAAAGAAUGGAAUAACCACAUAACCAGAAUGGGGGAGACACGUGUACUCAAAAUAGCAAGAGAUAAAUCACCAAUCUACAGAAGAACUAUAUGACUGCGCAAAAGUUGGACUGAUAACCUUCCAUAGAAGUAUUAAUCCGCCAAUGAAGAAACAGAAUGGCUUAGAAAGGGGAAGAAGAAGAAAAAAUCAAACAUGGCGUCAUGUCAAAAGGUCCUUAGGUUCAUUUUAUUGUCUCAUGAUGGCAAAUAAUAAAUAUAUAAAAAUUCUAAAUAUUUAAAGUCUCGUAUCAGUUGCUGAUGAGUUUUCAAGAUUUUGGUCUACAUACUAUUGAUACAUUCUCCUAAUUUUUAUUUUAUUUUAGAUUUAACUACUUUCACAACGUUUAUACUCGCACACAUAUCUUUUUAUACAUUUUCAAUACUCUGUUCAAACAGAAUCCAUUAGGCAGUUGUUAGAUCUGAUCUAAUUUUUGACUGAAUUGUAUAAACCUAUGUAUAGAUGUCCCCGUAUGACUCAAUUUGUUAGAGUACCAUUUAGGAGACGCCAUAUAUAAAGUAUAUUGUACGAUCCUUGACUUUGAUGUUGGUAAAUUAGUACCAAUUUUUUGACAACUUUGUGAUUAGACCGUAGAAAUUGAAACUUUACUUGAACUAUUUUAAAGUGAAGUAUUACCAUUGUGAUAUUGUUCCGUUCUAUUUUUUUUAGUUUUUAAGGCGCAUACAGAAACAGGAACAGUUUUUUUCUGUCUUAAAGAAAUUGAUUCUAAAAAAGCAGGAUUAAAUAUUGUGUUCUUCAGUGACUUCAGGAUGACGGAAAGAUACUGAUAGAUGUAAAUCAUUAGUUGACACUGGCGACAAACAAAAAUUCUCGUCUACAAUUCGCGGUGUGCAAGUACUUGGAAGGGAAACGAGAAACGACCGUGCGCGAGUCGCGGAGAAAUAUUGCAACUAUCUUAAAUAAUUCAUAUUGUCAAUUGAAAUUGUCAAAUUGACGUAUAUUUCAUACCUUCUGUAAUUGAAGCAGAAAAAUUAUAUAUUGCUCCACAAUAUUGAUAUGAUAUGCAAUUAUUAUAUAAAGGUAAAUUUAAUUAAUUGUAUUUUGCUUGCAGUACUGCAUUUUAAUAACUAAUUUUAUUUACUACAUACAAUUGUUUACGUUUGCAUAACAUAACCUGCAUCUUAUUUUUUCUUCUUAUUAUUUUUUUGGACUAUGGCCUUGACAAUUAUCCAGCAACCAGGACUACUAUAAUUGGCCAAUAUAAUUAAAAGUGCGAAUAAAAGUACAGAGCGUAGAAAUAGAGGUCGCUUUGCCGAACUUGCACGGUCCCAAUACAAUUAUUGGAAAAAUAUGGUGUAUACUGUGUAUACUAUAUGAAAAAAUAUGACUUCUGCAAGAUAAUACAGGACAGACUUGACAUGGCAGCAGCACUAAAAAUAAGUGCACCCCAAAAUGGUUUAGAUCGCGGAAGUUCUAUUUUGACAACCUCUUUAUUAUACAAUAGUGUAGGAAACAGAGGUUGAACCUCGAAAAAUGGACACAAGUCCGGUUUUAUUUUUUUCUGGUAUAUCAAGGGGUGCUUAUUCUGAGACUAAAAUUUUCUUAAAAAAUUUCGCCCCGGAACCCCCCUUUUCAUUCCUUUAAAGGGGGUAAUUUGUGGUUUUUGCGAAACGUAGCCCUUCCUGUGCGUUUUACAAAAAAUUUACUUAAUAGUAAAAUGAAGAGGACUAUAUUUCCUGCUAUUUAUUUCCCGAUAGCAUAUGUCUAUCACACACCGUUUAGCGGGGGUGGCGCCCCAAACUUGACAAAUUUUUAAAAAAGAUGUUUUUUAAAAAAAUUAUUUUCCCCUAACUGUACUAAAAAUUAAGAAUAAACCCUGCGGCAAUUAAUCGCAAAUAAGUGUUUGAUUUUUUGGUAUAGGUUUCAUUUAAGGGCAAUUGCAAAUUUUUUAAUUACAGGGUGUUACAUUUUAAAAAACCCCUUCUGAACCGCCUAUGCUAGAGUAAAAAAACUUUCAGCGAUUAUCCAUGUACUGGUGUUAUUUACAAACUUCUAUAUAAUGCACCCCCAUUUUUUUCCGGAACCACCCCAAAAAAAAAGGAGAAUUAAUAAAGAAAGUGAUUUUCUUGGAAUCGUUCACACACCAUGCCCUUUAUCAAAAUGCUUCAUAUAUUAUUUUGUGCACGUUCUUAUUACCCAUGGACGGACACCAAAAGCGAUUUCUUGAUGCAACCCCUGUAGCAAAAAAAAUAAAGUGGGGGUUGAAAUUUUUUUUUUUGCUUUUUGGCCCAUAUGUGCAUAUGCUCCAUCAAUAGGGUUUUUCAUAAAUAUAUAUGAUAAUAAUUGCAACAUCCCUGGGGAAAGUACCCCUAUCCUUGAAAAUAAACUGCAGAAACUACCCCUAGCCCUUGGAGAGCAUGUUUUUACGAUUUUCUCAUUACCUAUGCAUUUUUUUAAAACAAAACUUAUACAGAAUUAAAGACCAGUAUUUUCUCUACAAAUAAAAGUCAUAUGCAUUUUUUUCACCGUUACGGCACAGUGGCGCUUGGAGGCGGGCUCCAGUUUUUGUUUUUUUUUCGUCACCUAUUCAUUUUGUUAAUAACGUACUUAUGGAAAAUAAAAGAACACACUGUCUGCUACACAUUAUGACCUAUGCAUAUUUUAUUUUCUUUGCACCCUAAAGCCACAGUGGUGGCCCAAAAUCAAUUUUUGAUUAUUUUCUUUAUUAAUUCUCCUUUUUUUUUGGGCGGUUCCGGGGAAAAUAUGGGGGUGUAUUAUACAAAUUUGUAAAUAACACCAAUACAUGGAUAAUCGCUGAAAGUUUUUUGCUCUAGCAUAGGCGGUUCAGAUGGUAUAAAAAGGGGUUUUUUAAAAUGUAUCACCCUGUAAUUAAAAAAAUUGCAAUUGCCCUUAAAUGAAACCUAUACCAAAAAAUCAGCCACUUAUUUGUGAUUAACUGCCGCAGGGUUUGUUCUUAAUUUUCAUUACAGUUAGGAAAAAAUAAUUUUAUUUUAAAAACAUCUUUUUUAAAAAUUUGUCAUCUUUGGGGCGUCACCCCCGCUAAACGGUGGGUGAUAGUCAUAUGCCAUAGUCAUAUGGUGGCCAAGCUCCUUAAUAAUCGAGCCAUUUUUCAAAAUUUGAAAUUUUUCGCGAGCCGCAAUUAAACAAUCAUUUAAAAGUGUAAAAACCUUUACUAAUUCAGGAUACUUCAAUUCUUCAUUAUCCUUCCAUCUUUUUCUCGGACGGCCUACUGAUCCACCGUCUCUCAAAAAACACUGUCUUUAACAGUGUGUUUUCCUCUAAUCUUACCACAUGAUCUGCCCAUCUUAUCUUAGCUUUUACACAUCUUACGAUGUUUUCAGUCCAUACACAAUCACCAAUUUAGCUUUGCGGCGCCUUUUCCACUCUCCUGUCAAUUCAUCUCUUUGAGGGCCAAAUAUCAUUCUGAGAACUUUCCUUUCGAACACCAGUACCUAGCUUAUUUAUUUCCCGCUGAUGUAGAGUCCAUGUUUCACUUCUAUAUGUAACAGUUGAGCGAAUAAUUGACAUACAGUCUUAAUUUAGAUUGUCUUUUUAGCAGCUUAGAUCUUAAUAAUGAUGACAGGGAGUGUUAUGUCUUUUCCACGCAGCUAUUCUUGCUGAUACCUCUUUUUAAAAUUGGUUGUCAUCUGUGAUUAGCGCCCCUAGAUAUUUAAACUAUUUUACUACCUCGAAGCUGUGGUCAUUAUUAGUUAUGUUCUGCCAAAUUCUGGGUCUUGGAUUUUUGGUUAUUAAUUUAUUUCGUCUUUUCUUCAUUUAUUCAACGGCCCAGACAACCCAGAGAACUGUUUGUUCCUCGAUUCAUUAUUAGAUAGUUAUGUUCUGCUAAACUCUUGGUCUUGGAUUUUUGGUUACUAAUGUAUUUCGUCUUUUCUUCAUUUAUUCGACGGCCCAGACAACCUGUUUCUUCCUCGAGUUGUGAAAUCCUCUUUCACGUCUCUUGUAGAUUGAGCGACUGCACCUAGAUCAUCAGCAAAUGCCAACAAUAGUUUUGAUCCUCGAUUCGCAAAUCCCCUUAUCAGCUCAGAUAAGGGGUCUCCUUGUUUAAGUCAUGAUCUUACAGUCUUUUAUAUUUGUUUUCAGUAAUUAAGACAUUUUAAAACACAAAAAUUAAAAGUAAUUCAGGUACAUUUAUUGAGAGCCGCAAAUAAUCCUUCAAAGAGCCACAUGUGGCUCGCGAGCCACAGUUUGGCCACCCCUGUCAUAUGCUGUCGGGAAAUAAAUAGUAGGAAAUAUAGUCUUCUUCAUUUUACUAUUAAGUAAAUUUUUUGUAAAACGUACAAGAAGGGCUACGUUUAGCAAAAACCACAAAUUACCUCCUUUUAAAGGGAUGAAAAGGGAAAAAAUAAAACCGGACUUGUGUCCAUUUUGCGAGGUUCAACCUCUGUUUCCUACACUACAACAAAUUGUAGACAUUUGAUAGAAUAGGUUAAAAUUAUGGGACGCUUUUUGAAAAAAAAAAUACAUAGAAACAGGAUAUAGAAAAAUUAGACAGGGCGACACCGUCUCCCCCCAACUAAUUACUACAGCUCUGGAAUAUGCAUUUAAAAAAUUGGAUUGGGCUAAAAGGGGAAUAAAUAUUAAUGUUGAAUAUCUAAGCCACUUGCGCUUUGCAAAUGGCAUUGUCAUUAUAGACGAGAGUCUAAAUGAAGCUCACAAUAUGAUGGAAGAACUAAAACAGGCAAUAUAGUAAGUAGACCUGAACAUAAACUUUCAAAAAACAAAAUAAAUGAUCAAUUUAGAUCCAAGUUAUAUCUAUUUAGAGCAUGACAUUAGAAUAGGAAAAGACAAUCAAACUUGUGAGAUCCAGCGUCGUAUAGGCUUGGGAUGGGCAGCAUUUGGCAAGAUGCGACAUAUUCUAAAAGGAACGCUACCGAUUUGCUUGAAGAAAAAAGUUUACAACCAAUGCAUACUGCCGGUAAUAACAUAUGGUUCCGAAACUAUAACUUUGAUUAAACAUUCUGGAAUUCAAUUGAGAAUAACCCAAAAAAAAAAUGGAAAGAGCAAUGUUGGGAAUAACGAGAAGAGAUAUGGUACAGAAUAGGAUGGUGACAGAGAGGACCAAAGUAUAGAUGCCAUAGAAAAAAAUUGAACUAGUGAAAUGGAGAUGGGCUGGACAUGUAGUACGUUUAAAUGAUAAUAGGGGAACCAAAAGACUCAUAGCAUGGAGAAGAUAGGUAGACCACCAAAAAGAUGGAUUGAUGACUUGAGAAAAACAGUGGAAAAUUGGAUACAGAAGGCACAAGAUAAAUAUAGAACAAUGGAAGAAUAUGGAAGAGACCUAUAUCCAACAGUGGAUGCAAGAGGUUGAGGAACGAUGAUGAUGAUGAAAUAGUUUAAAUAUCUAAGAGCAAUUUUAAAAGAGGAAAUUAGACAUGGAAUGAAAGAGGGAAAGAAAGGAAUUAGGAAUUCUUAAUUCAGUAUGGAUGGACCGACAUAUAACAGAGAAAACAAAGAUUCAAAUUGAAGAAGCAUUUGUGGACUCUUUGUAUGGAAGUGAACUAUGGACUUUAAAUGCUGAAGCAGAGAGAAAGUUAGAUGCAGUAGAGAUAAACUAUCUUCGAUGGAGCGCCAGAUUAUCAAGGCGCUAUGUAAUUACUAACGAAGCCAUUAAAGAUAGAUUACACGCUACCGAUACGUUAAUUAAUAGAACAGAAUGGAAGUGUCUUAAGUGGUUUGGAUAUCUUCUACGGAUAAAAAAAGUUAGAUAGCUCAGUAGAGCAUUUAGAUGGAAUCCGCUAGAAAGAAGUAACAUAGGAAGAACAAGAUUGUCCUGGAGUGAAAAUAUCAGGAAUUGCAUUGGAGCGCAGGAAUUUGGAGGAGGACACUCAAGACAAGGAAAGAUGGCGACUAGGCAUGGGAAUCCCCUAAUAUACAAAAGAUAUUCUGGUAUGACAAGUUGAAUAUUUAUCAUUAGAGUUCGGAAUUAAAUUUUAUAAAGAAACGCAAAAAAGCGCUUAAAAAGCAUAAUGAUUUUAUGAAAAAAAAAAACAUUUUAUUAUACAAAAAAAGCAUGAUAAUAAGCAUAUAAAUUUUGACAAACCAUUUUUUUAAGAAAAAAUAUAUAUAACAAUUUCGGGGCCUCACACUCAAAACAUCUUUGUAAUAUCGAAAAGCGUAUUUCAAUGUCCACACUGGUUAUCGCUGCAUACUAUUUAUACUUUGCCACUACUGUCGGAUCCAUAUUUAUAUCUUCAACAUGUUAUCCAUUUAAAACUGAAAAUAUUUUCUUUAUCUUUUGAAACCCUUCGUUUUUUGUUAAUCCAGGGAAAUUUUGUUAAAUUUUCCAGGGAUCUUUUUUUGAUUGUUUAUUUUUUGGAUCGACUCAACUAAUGAAAUUUGCUGUUUCUCUAAAUAUUUUAUUGUUUAUUGUUCCAAAAUACGUCUUUUCCGAUGAGACUCCAACAAGAGUCGAAAAUCGUCGAUUCAGAGGGCUGGACUGUGCUCCGUAUUCUAAUUGAAAAAUAAGAUUGUUUUGCCUUCGCAUUGCAACUGAAUAAAAAUGGAAUUUUUAUUUUUUUUUUAUUUAAAACACAAAACCACAUCAACCGCGCAGGGUUAUUAGUGGAUAUAAACAAUACAAAGUAUUACAUUAAGUAGAGUUAUACAAUUUGAUGUCUUUUAAAUAUGUUAACACUGAUGAAACUUUUUUGGUGCGGAUUGUCUUGAGGUCAUCGUCUGUGAUUCUAUGGGAUCUUCUUUCUUUUUGAAAUUGAGAACACUCUUAAUGUGAUUGGCUUAGCUUCUACGUCUGUUCUUACAAAGAUGGCUACUCCGCCACUUGCCUGUUGUGCUAUUCUGUUUUUUGGAAAACAUUGGUAGUUUUGAAGAUUAAUAUUGGAUUGCUUAAAAUGAGUUUCUUGAAGACAUAAGAUCUUUGGGCAUGUUUAAUUUAUUAGAAGUUCUAAUUGUUCUAAAUGGGUGUAGAACCCAUUAAUAUUCCACUGUAAUAUAUAGGGGUUAGACAUUUUCGAGUUCUGACUGAGAAUGUGUUUCAUCGGUCUCUUCUGUGGAAGAGAAAUUAUUGGGGCUUAGUUUCUUUCUUAAUCGAGUUAUAUUAUUUUUUAAUUUUGAAUUGUGGGUAUAAGCGUGAACAAAAUUAAGGAUCUGAAUUAAUUCGGCUGUUUCGUUCGAAUAGUUUUUUGAGGUUAUUUCGGGAUGUUUUGCGUUUAAUGUGUUUUCGAGAAAGUCACAUAUUUCGUCGAAGUUAAGGACAAGUGGUGGUGAUCUGUUUGCGAUUUUGUCUUUUAUUGUCUCUAGGGAAAGUAAAAGUUCAUCUCGAGAAUUUCUUUUAGACGUUUUUGUUUUUUUCUUUGAUUUCCUUGUUACUGGAGAAGUGAAGAUAUGAGAAUCGGUCUGUGUGGUGUUUUGGUUGAUUUCUGGAGACGAUGAGAUGAGCCUUUUUAGAUGUUUUGUGACGUUUGGAAUAAUUUUAGGUUGUGUUAUUUCUAAUGCAGUAAGAUUGCUGAUCUUGUUGGAAGUUGAUGAUGUUGGGAUUUUUAAAGUGUUUGUUUCAUUUGUAUUAUUUGUAGGUCUUGACAUGUCGUCAGUUUCUAUGGUAGAUUCUAAUUGGUUAUUAGAGACCUGUACGUCUGGGAUCUGAUCUAAUAUGUUUUGGAAAGAUGCUGGGUGAUCGUUAGAGGUGGAUAUUAAGGCUUUGUCAGAAGGUUUUUGUUCUGUUUGGUUAUAAGGUAGAUUUGUUAUAUAUUGUGUGUUUUGGGAGGUUUCUGGAAGAGCUUUAGAAGUGGUUGGAUUAUAAUUGGUUGGGUCAGGAUUUGUUGUAUUAGAAGUGGGUGAAUUAGAAUUGGUUGAGUCAAGAUUGGUUGUAUUAGAAGUGGUUGCAUUAGAAGUGAUUGUAUUAGCAUUGUCAGGACAUUCUGUUUCCUGGUGACCAAUAGUCUUGCAUUUUGAACAGUUGAAUCCUUCUAUAGAAAGGUAUAGUCUGUAAGUGGUAUUAUCAUGAGAGAUCAUGAAAGAAUCGGGAAUGGACAUAUUUUCUAAAGGUGUGAUAAAUGUUUGCCUUCUAAAACUCAAGACAUGGCUGUAUUCGCUUUCAGGCAUUCCUACCCUAAGAAAAGUCAUUUUAGAGAUGGCGUUUAUACCCAUUUUACGUAGUUCUUGUUCAAUUAACGUGGUUGGAACAGAAGGACCAGCGUUUGAUAUUAUCAGUCUUAGAGCUGGAGUGAUAAGUCUUCUUAUUUCUACUUGAGUUUCUUUUAUAUUGACGUAUUUGUGGGAAUGCAGCAAUGAAUCAACCAUAUUUUUAGAAGAGAGAUACAUACAUAUUCUAUUAUUGGCUAUUCUGGAAGCGAACGAUACGUUACGUGGACCAACUAUUGAACCGACGGCUAUGAUGUACUCUUGAACUUUGGUUCCUUCAAUACUAGAAAGAACUAUGGCUUCGUCUUUUGUUGGUUGUUUAAACGUGUUAACAACACUGGAAUAUGAGAUGUGAGAUGUAGUUUGGGUAGUGUUCAUGGUGUUAUUCGACGUCAUGUUUGAUUAAUUUUGGAGACGUUGCAAGGCCGGCCCUGUCGCCGGUUCAAAAACUGGUGUGGAUCUUGGCCCAAAACUGGUCCUAUUUAUAUUUCUUGGAUAUUUUAUAGGUUAUAUUAUUAUUAAUAUAAAUAUAAUAUGAUGUGAUUUUUGGUACUCACGUCAGGUUUGCGAGGUUUACAUGGUGUUUCCACUAUAACACUGUGGAGGAACUAACAAAAUAAUUUUAAACUGUGUUUUUAUCAUUUAAAAACUGAUAAAUUUUCUCAGCGGUUUACAACGUGAUGUAUAUUAUCAUUGUCAGGACCGUACUCCAAUUUUUAUUUUAUUUUUAUAUUGGUCGUUACUUCUUUGAGUAACUAGGUCCAUUUUCUGUUGGAAUUUACCAGCUGAACAGACGGGGUCGUGAAUUGUAAGUUUUUGAAUUCCCUCUUGUCUUCUUCGCUUCAGUAUCCGUCUGGCGUGCAAAUUUUAGAUGCUAUGGAGGUGUUCCCAAGGAAAUGGACCAAUAAUAUAAGUUUUCAAUUUAAAAAUCUUUUAGUAAUAUUUUAAUAUUUUUAAAUAUUAUUAAUAUUGCUAUUAGGAUUGAAAACUACUUCAUCAUGUUCCAAAAUAAUUUGGAUUUGGAUAAAACACUUUAAGAUUAAUUUGAUGCUGUUUUGAUCAUAUCUGGUUCGGCGUGGGAAAGCAUUAGAAUAGUAGUAGAAUACUAUUUAGUUGGUGGGCACAGCCUCGGGAAGAUAAAAAUUUGUUAAUGCUUCAUUUACGAAUCUUGAAACUGUAUUGUUAUUUGUUGCUUCUCGUUCUUUUAAGCACACUAAAUAACUCUUCGUCAAGAUUUCUUCGUUUUUACUUUUUUUCUGGUUUCCUUGUAAACGAAAUGAACAUAUUUUUGCAGAGUACUUCCAUCUGGCACAUGUCUUUGACAGUACUUUUCUAAAAAUGAUUUAAAAUUUUUAUUUAGUGGGAGAUCAGUGUCCACCAUUGCACUGUAUAGAUCAAAAUUAAAUUGCUGCUGUUCGCAAAUGCAAAAAAUGAUAAUAGUGUUUAAAAAAGCACCAAAUAAGCACAAAAAUUCGAAAAGGGUAUAAAAAUUAAGAAAAAAGCAAAAAAGGCAUAAAAAAGUGGUGUCAAAAUGACAUUUUUGCAUAUUUCGUUCAUAUUUAAAAAGAAAAUAGUCCUGCUUGUAUUAUUGACCAUAAGCAUUAUGCUUACAAAUCCGGACUCUAUUUAUCAUUGUUUGGUGCUUUAACUUUAACUAUUUUUUUUGUGAAUCUGAAAGUACACCUGCAACAAAUCUAAUAGAAGAAUAUACGAGACAAGAAAAAAACUGUUUCUGUACAUUAAUAGACAUUCCUUUAAAAUAAUUUUAAACGAUUUUAUGUGAUUAUUUUUGAUAGUCAUUAUUUUACAUGUUUUCUAUUUCUUGUAUUUACGUCGCUUUUAUAUUUUAUUUUUACAUAUUAGGAAUGAAACCUCUACGUGCUAUUUUUAACAAUAAUUAUUGCUUUUUAAUAUCUAUAAUUUUGAUAUUUUUUAUGGAGAAGAAUUAGGUAGAUCCAUUGUUUUUCAUGACGGCAAAAACCUAAACCAUCUGAGAUUUGAAGAUGAUGUUACUAAUAGCAAAAGCAGAGAAGAAUUGAAGGAAAUGCUAUUAGACCUAAAUACCAAAACAAAAGAAAUAGGAUUAAAAAUAAAUCUAGUAAAAACUAAAUAUCCAACCAACGAAUCUCUAGAUAUAACUGGGAAUAUAACUGUGGACAACAAUAAUAUAGAAAAGGUUGAGUCGUAUAUAUAGUAAGGACAAAAAAUAGAACUGUCAAAGCUUAACGUAAAGGCUGAUUUAAAUAGAAGAUCUUCCUUAGCGUGGGCAGCAUUUGGUCUAUUACAAACAGUAUUUAAAGUAAACUUACCAAAUACUUUAAAGGCAAAAACGUCGAUUUUAAAAUUUUCCACAUUUGUUUCCUAUUGACUGGAUCGAAAGCCUCUUCAAAGUCGAUAAAACUUACAUUUAUAUCUUUCUACCAUUCGUUGGCUUGUUCGAGGUUGAUUCUUAAGGCACAUAUCUGGACCUCGGAGUAAACUACGUCAUUUCGAGCAACCGUGUUUGGGGUGUGUUUGCAACAAAGGAUAGAGCACUUAAAAUGUUAUAAAAAUCUGAUAUAUCUAAUAGUUGUUUGAUAGACAAUUUUUCCAUAUUUCAAUAGUAAUAUACAACCAGCUCGUAUAAUCCACUAAUAAAAUAAGUUAAUUAAAAGAUCUUCAAAUUCAAAACAACACCAUCCGCAGUUUACCUCCGAAGUGCAGAUAUGUGAUCUAUAGCGAAAUGUUUAGCACGAAAGCCUGCUUGGUUACUCCUCAGUUUAUUGUCCAAUUGUUCUUUCAUUCUUUCGAGCAGGAUUUUUGUUAGCACCUUGGAUGGAGUUAUUGAUUUAUAAAAUUUGAUAAAUCAGGUCAAUACAAUAGUAUUUGUAAAUAAUCAUUACCAAUGGAUCUAUCUAAAUCUUUUUCUUUACUUUUUUUAUUCACUAGUAUUUGAUCAACGUUUGCUGCAGAAAACAUUUUGAUUUGUUUAAAAUUAAUUUACUGAUUAAUUUCAACUGUGAAAGAUAUGUUUUGAUGCAGGAGAUGUUGAUUAUUUGCUGUGCGAUUGUCUGAAUCGAUUAUUAAGAAUUGUCAACUCAAUUGUAACAAUAAGAAAUGCGAAUAAAAGUAUUUAAUUAUA